UCAUUGAUUCUUUUUAUCAUCGUAGCGAAGAGUAGAUGUGAAAAUUUCGAGUGGUGCGAUAAUUCGGUCGAAAUUCAGUAAAAAUAGCCAUUAUUUGGCUGAAACCUGUGAAGUGAAGAUGAAGAGCACGCCUUGGCCGGGAUUAGAUGGCCCAUUUGCAGCUAGAGUUCGAUUUCGUUGAAAUAAUCGAUGGUGAAAAUUUCGGGGAGUGUAAAAGUGGCCUCUACCAGGCUGAAAAAUUCCAACCGUGUGAAUCGUAGUGUAAAAAAUAUACCACCAGGCAACCUGCUUGCAAAGCGAAUCAGAAUGCGAAGAAAAAAGUGAUAGUAAAGUAUUUAUCGUACUGAGAAAAAGUUUGGUGCGAUUUUACAUGCGGAAUUGGCCACUUUUUUCUUUUUGUACAUCCUGUAGCAAAGCAUUUUUGGUGAGCAAAGUGCACAAUCGUGGGCUGGGGAAGGCUGACCUGGUGGCAGAGGCCAAGGUAACGGAAAAAGAACAAUUGAUUAAACCCACACUCUUCGUGGCUAUGCGGAACGAUUGCUGUGAAAACUUUCGAUGUGUAAAUCUUUAAAAAAAAUGCUCAAUUAUCAGUAAAUGUACAUAGAUUCAAUCAAUGCGCAACCGUCUCCCUUUUUACAGUAUCUCUACAAUCCACAUACCACCGAUAAUACCAGUGCAAUAAACAAAGCCAAAACGGAUUCAACAGAAUAGAAUGAACUAUUUUUUUUAUUGAAAAGUGCUAAAGUUGUAUUAAGUGCCAGAGCAAAGUGUAAAGAGUUAUAAACGGAAAAUUGUUCACAGCAUUUUCUUAUGACAAACUAAGUAACUUCAUUUAAUUUAUGUAUCAACAUGGCUCCUGAGUUUCCUAGCAGACGGUCGCGAUCAAGAAGCAAAGACUUUUGAAGUAUGUUUGUACUUAUCAUCCCUACCUGGCAUAAGUCUUCAAAGCUCUUUCUUGAUUUGAAUUAUUGCAUUCGGAACAAUAGUGUAGUAUAUUGAAAAAAGCAAAACCACAGCAAAAUUGAGUAUUUCAAAAUAUUUCGACCGCGGAUUAUUCGCGGCAUAUUAUGUCUCGUGAAGCCUACAGUUCAGGUCAAGCAAUAAAUACAGGCACUAGAAGUCCCGGUCGCCCGAAUAGACGCCUAACUGAACUACCGACCGUCGAUAGGUCACCUUCGAGAGACUACGGAGCCCGAGGAAGUCCUUUAGGAUACAGACUCCGCCAAACGCGCUCGGGAAAUUCCUCACCCUUACAUUACGGUCUGCAAUCUCAUCCCCAUCAUAAUUCUUUUACAGCCAUGGGUAGUCCAUACUACAGAGAUAUGGAUGAGCCAAUAAGCCCAGCUGGGGGCGGCCAUCAUCGCAGCAGAAGUGCCACACGUGCACCCACACAUACGAUGGAAUAUCCGCGAGAGCAACUCCGGACACGUUAUCAAUCGUUGGAUAGAGGAUUAGAUCCCCACGAUCGAGAGUUUAUCCCCAUUCGAGAACCAAGAGACCGUUCGCGGGAUCGAUCACUUGAACGAGGUCUUUAUCUGGAGGAGGAGUUGUACGGUCGACCACCAAGACAAAGUCCGAGUCAUAUGAGUAUGCCGGACCGGGGGUACCUCGGUGAUCUACAGGUACAAAACAAUGACCUCCAACGAGAGCUCGGCAAUCUUAAGAAGGAACUAGAAUUGACAAAUCAAAAAUUAGGUAGUUCGAUGCACAGUAUUAAAACAUUUUGGUCUCCAGAAUUGAAAAAGGAAAGAGCUCUUCGGAAGGAAGAAAGCGCCAAAUACAGUCUUAUCAACGAUCAGUUGAAGUUACUGAACAGUGAAAAUCAGAAACAAGCAAUGCUGGUACGACAACUCGAGGAAGAGCUACGGCUCAGAAUGCGUGCCCCUAACAUUGAAAUGCAACAACAAAUGGAGGCGUUGUAUGCGGAAAAUGAGCAUCUACAACGGGAAAUCUCCAUUCUUCGUGAUACCAUCAAGGAACUCGAGUUAAGGAUAGAAACACAGAAACAAACUCUGCAAGCCCGAGACGAGAGUAUUAAAAAGCUGCUGGAGAUGCUACAAAGCAAAGGAAUGGGUAAAGAGGAGGAACGCCAAAUGUUCCAACAAAUGCAAGCUCUAGCCCAGAAGCAGCUGGAUGAAUUCAGACUUGAAAUACAGCGUCGUGACCAAGAGAUUAUGGCUAUGGCAGCUAAGAUGAAAACUUUGGAGGAGCAGCAUCAGGACUAUCAGCGUCACAUUUCGGUGUUGAAGGAGUCACUCUGUGCAAAAGAAGAGCACUAUAAUAUGCUGCAAGCGGAUGUUGAAGAACUAAGGAAUCGCCUCGAAGAAAAAAAUCGAAUGAUCGAAAAGAAAACUCACAAUGCAAUGCAAUCCGUACAGGAAAAAAAUCGUGCCCAAACAGAGUUAACGGAGUUGAAAGAGCACAUGGACAUUAAGGAUCGAAAAAUUAACGUCUUGCAACGAAAGAUCGAAAACUUGGAAGACUUGUUAAAAGAGAAAGAUAAUCAAGUGGAUAUGGCAAGAGCUAGACUUAGUGCAAUGCAAGCUCAUCACUGUAGUUCUGAAGGAGCACUUUCCAGUUUGGAGGAAGCUAUAGGUGAUAAAGAAAAGCAAAUGCAGCAGCUUCGGGAUCAACGUGAUCGGGCAGAAUCCGAGAAGAAAGAGGAACGUGAACUGCAUGAACGGGAACUGGCUGAAUACAAGAUGAAACUUCAUACAUUAGACAGUGAAGUUGAGAAACUCACAACACGACUCCAUCGAGCACUGAAUGAGAAAGAUCGUCUUGAAUCAAAAUUAGAAUGUUCCCAAAGCGAGCUCGGAAAAUCCAAAGCAGAGCUCGAUAAGGCAGCUACCGAUGUCGGUCGUAGUGGAGCUGAUUGGGAGAAUGCCAAGCAAAGGAUCUCUAGACUGGAACUUGAGAACGAACGACUUCGUGCCGAUCUGGAACGGUCACAGGUAUACAUAAUUCACUUGCAUGGUUUCAGGUUGAAAAUUAUAUUCCAUUUUGUUUCCCAUACAUAUUGCCAACAAAAUAAGCAGACGACGUUUGGUAGGUCAACAUUGAGCACCUCACAAGAACUGGAUCGCGCCCAGGAGCGUGCAGAUAAGACAUCAGCCGAGUUGCGAAGAACUCAGGCUGAAUUGCGUGUUACACAAUCCGAUGCCGAGCGGGCAAGAGCCGAAGCUGCCGCCUUGCAGGAGAAAUUAGAAAAAAGUCAAGGGGAAGUUUACAGACUCAAAGCAAAACUUGAAAACGCACAAGGUGAACAGGAAAGCAUAAAACAGGAAAUGGAAAGAAGUCAAACUGGAAUACAACGAAUUGUUAGUGAGAGAGAUAAGGCUUACGGUGAGCUGGAUAAAAUCCGAGAAGAGCUAGAACGAAGCCAAGCUACCCUCGGCAAAUCGCAAUUGCAACAAGAGAAGAUCCAAAAUUCAUUGGACAAAGCUCAAAAUGAGGUAGACCAUUUACAGGAAAAGCUUGACAAAAGUAUUGCCGAAGUUAGAAGGCUUCAACUUGAAAAGGAAAAAAUCAACUAUGAAUUCGAGAAUACCCAGUCGCAGCUCGACAAGCAACUUGGUCAAUCUUCACGAAUUCAAAAAGAAAAGGAGGCUAUACAAAUGGAUCUGGAGAGAUAUCGAGAUAAAGCAGACAAAUUACAAGCAUCUAUGGGUCGCUUACAAAAAGAGAGAGACGUUCUUUGUGAUGAGCUGGAAAAACUCAAAGAAAAGGCGGAAUCUACACAAAGCAAUGCUCUUAAAUAUCAGCGAGAGCGUGAUGCCAUUCAAACAGAACUUGAAGUUGUCAAAGAACGCUGGGAGAAAGCACACCAAAUUCAUCAAAAAUUGCAAAUGGAACGUGACGAUGCUGUUACAGAGAUUGAUAUUUUGAAAGAAAAGCUCGAUAAAGCGUUGUAUGCUAGCCAGAAACUGAUCGAUGAGAAAGACAAUUCGAACAAAGAAUUUGAUAAAAUGCUUGAAAAAUAUGACCGCGCUCAGAACGAAAUUUACCGAUUGCAGUCGAGAUGUGACACAGCAGAAGCUGAUCGUAAUCGUAUUGAAGUUGAAGCUGAGAGAGCAGCGUUGUCAGCAGGCAAAGCAAAGGAGGAUCUUAGAAAACUGCAAGAAGAAACAACUCGCCUACAAGAAGCUUGUGACCGAGCUGCAAUGCAACUUGGUAGAUCCAAAGAAUUGGAAGAUAAGGCAAAGGAAGACGUCGAUCUUAUUCGUGAAAGACUUGAAAAAACGCAGGCAGAUCUCAGGAGAGCUCAAUCUGAAAAGGAUAAUCAUCAAGCAGAAAUAGAAAGGCUAUCUUAUGAAUUGGAUCGAGCCCACAAUAGUUAUACAAAACAAACAGCUUCACUCGAUGCCGCACAAGAAGAGGUCGCACGAUACAGUCUAGAGAUUGAAAAAAUGAGAGAACGAUAUGAAAAAACAGCAGCUGAAAUGCGGCGUUUGCAAGAAAAUGAAGCAUUUUCCCGCGAAUCGAGGCGUUUGAAAGAGGAGAACGAUCGACUUCGAGAAAAAUACGACAAAAUUAUGAUGGAACUCGAGAGCUUCCGUAGUAAAUCGCAGUAUGAAGAAGAAUCACUUGAAAAGUACAAACAAAAAUUCGAAUCAAGAGAGAACGAAUUUCAGAACAUUGAGCUUAAAUUACACGAAACUACACUGCAGCUCGAACUCGCUCGACAAGAGGUUCAGAAACUUAUAUCAAACCAAGAUAAACAGCGUACAGACGCUGAACGAGCUCACAUCGAAUAUGAAAAGAUUCGGGAUAAGCAUGAGAAGUUACUCAAAGAAGUUGAACGAUUACGUCAAAAUCCAGGAUCAGCUGUUAGCCCUAGUGCACUGGCCGCAGCAUCCGUUGGUAUGGGAGAUAAGGCUGAAGUGGAAAGAUUACGAGAUCGUUUGGAAAAGGCACUUCAAAGCCGUGAUGCUACCGAAAUGGAAGCAGGUAGACUUGCUAAAGAACUGGAGAAAGCACAGUUGCAUUUAUCAAAACAGCAAGAAGCUUAUGAAGCCACUAGAAUUGAAUUUGAGCGCAUGUCUGCAGAACUUACGCGUGUGCUAGAGAGGCUAGAGAAAUCAGAAGCCGAAAAGGAAACUCUUCGGCAAUCCACAAAAAUAUAUGAAAAGCAUCACCAGCAACAUGCUAGCAAUCAUAUCGAGCAUAACGCAAUGAAGAUGGAGGCAGACAACAAACAACUGAUGGCAGAGCGAGAUCAACUAGUGAUGCAGUUGGAAAAGAGUCAGGAUAUGUUAAUGAGCUUCCAGCAAGAGCUCAAUGCCGCCGAACUCGAAUUACAGCGCCAAUGUGAAGAAAAUCGACGGUUGAAAAAUUCACCACAAAAUGCUCAUGGUCAAGCUCAAGCCAAUUCGCAAGAAAUUCAAAACUACAAAAAAGAAAUCGCUCGACUCAAGCAGAUGCUUCAGGAAACAGGAUCUCGUGGGGACAGUGAGCUUGAGCAAUGGCGCAAAGUCGUUGAACAAGAGAAAAAUAGAGCAGACCAAGCAGAGAAAGCCGCCAUUGAAUUGCAAAAGAGAAUGCAGGUAAUGGAACAACAGCUAAAACAACAACUCCUGCAGAUGACAAAUAUGCAAAAACAAAUGACACAACAGCAACAGCAGCAACAACAACAACAACAACAACAACAGCCUCCAACUCCACAACAACCACAGAUCAAUCCGAAAGAAAUGGAAAAGGUUCAGGAAGAACUGAAAAAUGCACUUACUCAGCGGGAUCAGUUCCAAAAUCAACUUGAGCUGUUGGUACAGGAACUUGAAAAAAGUCAGAUCGAAGCUCAAGAAGCCGCCAAGAAAGCGCAACAGCAGCAACAACAACUACAGCAAAUGCAACAGCAAAUCCAACAAUUGCAGCAACAGUUGCAGCAAACCACCCAAGCAGCAAACCAAAAAGCGGCCCAUAAUGCCGGUAUUUCGGAGCAAGAUCGAAAGCAGCUAGAAGCUCAAAUGAAACAUAUUGAGGAUGCCACACGGCUUCUGGAAAGCGAACGAAAAACUUUUGAAGACCAGCGAAAAGCGAUUGAGAGCAAGCGCAAAGAAUUGGAGGAAAAGGAGAAAAAUCUUGUGGACUUUGAUAAGCAACUGAAAAAGCGAAAAGAACAGAUGGAUCAAUUGGAAAAGUCUCUUCAGAAGGCCGGAGGAACUGCGGCUGCAGCGGGAGAAUUGAACAAACAGUUAACAGAAGCCCAAGCGCUAUUGGACAAGACAACCAAAGAUUUGGACAACGCCAAAGAAGACGCUAUGCGAUCGGCAGCCGAAACUGAAAGAUUACUGCAGUUAGUUCAAAUGACGCAAGAAGAACAAAACCAGAAAGAGAAGACUAUAAUGGACCUUCAACAAGCUUUAAAGAAUGCUCAAGCAAAACUGAAGACAGCACAAACACAACCACAGGAUGCUGGACCAGCGGGUUUCCUAAAAAGCUUCUUCUAAGUAGUGUUCUAUCGAAACCCCAGCAGUUCGUUUGUAGCGCAAACACAGUGUCACCAUCACCUUUGGACCCUUCAUUGUUUAAAAUGCAUUUAACAAUAGCUGCACUUUCUUGGUGAAAAUAAAUUUUCGGACUUGCAUGAUUAUCUUGAAUUCUUGGCAAACUCCACAGUCUGUUAUAGCAGUGGAUCAAUCUAUUAAGUAGGGAAAUUAACAGUGAACCGAUGACAAAAGCAGAGAUCAACCACUUGUUCAUAAGCAAUACAUCAUUUGUAAAAAAAAUCAUGAGCGUGUAACGAUACGGCGAGGUUAUUUGUUAUAAAUACAAAAAAUACAAAACAAUGCUGCCAUACUGUGUAAACUAAGUAAAAUUAGAUAAACUACGGAAAGUGAUAUUUACCUAGUCAGAAUCGCUGAAAACUGAAUACUUUAAAAGGCGCAUAAGAAUUCGAGAUAGUCGCUAUUCUAUUAUCCAAACUAGAUAUUAAUUGUGUAAAGUAUACACAGGUAACAUGCAAAUAACACAAUUUUCGCAUGCUACUAAAUGUUGUCUUUUUAGUGUUGAUUUUGAGCUUCGAAUUUCCGAAUUCACGGAAAACGCAUCAUGAGAAUUAAUACACCUCUUCUGAACAUUUCAAUAUAAGAGAUAAGCACUGUCAUCGUUUCUCAUGUUCCAUUUUCGAUCUAACGCUGAACAUAAAUUUCGACUUAAAGUAGCAAUCAUUAAAUCGAAAUAACAUGUUAGGUUUUGUUAGCUCAGACUUUCGACGCAAUUUCAUUUGCGAGUUAUUGAUAAAAACACGGUAGUAUUCAAUAAUCUUGAUUUACACACACUCUUUUCGAAAUAAUUGACUGCUUGCCUCCCUCUGCUGUUGAAACGUGUCUUGCGGCAUCGGGGCAAAUGUAAUCAUAGAACAGCACCAUAAGACUCGAAUUCGACUAUUUAAACAAAUACGAUGGACAAUUCAGAGAUGUUUGUUUAAACAUUACAAACAAAAUUCAAUGAAAAGCAAAGAAAAAAAAUAGACAAUAAUUUAGCGGAGCACACUGUAAAAUAAAAAUACACUUCAUUCGGUGAUAUAAUCCCUGUACCGUUGAUAAAACGAAAUUGAAAUUAGGGUUUUUGUUGUAUUGUUAUACAGUGAACCAACAGUAUUGCAUUCCACUAAAUAUAAGCACUAACAAUUCUACUCACUGAACUCGAUGCUUUGUAUCUAUGUUCGUUUUUCUAGUCUUACUUUGGCAAAAUAUCUGGCAUCACUUGCUAUUUGGAUAUCAGAUAUACUUUUCGAUUUUCGUACUAUCAAUCCUUGCAAUACGCUUGAAACUGCACCAAAUUCGCAAAUUGAAAAUAACUGAACGAUAAACGCUUGCCUCUUUUCGCUAGUCUAUGUGCCCAACAAAAAUUAAAACUUCCACCUUUAUAAACUUCAGCACGAUUCCGCCUAUCGUUUAUACUCAUCUAUCAACAAUUGAAAUAAAAAUGAAAGUAAAACCAAAUCUCAACAUGGAUGUACGUGUAUGAUUUAUGUCUAACGAACAUAGUUUUAGUAUGAAGGAGAAAUUAUGACCAUUAAACAAUUCCAUUAACAAGCAGAUAUAAUAUAACUAAUGAUAACGCAAUAUUUUUAAUGCGAUCCAUACCUAAACAACACAAAUAAAACAUAUAUACAAAACAACCAAACAGAACCUUGAAAAAAAAAUUGUGAAAAACUAAUUACAUUGAAUCAUUGAAAAUUUAAGCAUUAUGUUGAAAGUCCCAUUGUUACUAACCGUCACAGAUAUUUAAUUUUUAUGUUGAACUACAGUUAAUAUAGUUGUACGUAUAGAGGUUAAUUUCGGUUAAAUUCACACAGUACUAGACACUUAUAAACACAAAUUGUUAACACUAUCGAAGCGAUGCACAAAUUCAUUGUAACAGCGAUUUGUUCACGUUCAUUAGUAAUUUUCCGAUAAAACUAUUCUUAUUAGCGCAUUAGAUAAAAUAUAUAUAAUAAGUUAUUAUUGAGACAUUUUACCUGACUCUAAUUGAAAUUUUAUAAAAUAGCUAUGCAUACGCAUUAGAAUUUGUGUUUAUAUCACGCAUUUUUAGUUUGCGUCUGUAUGAGAUAACGUAGAACGACCAAGAAGUUAACCGACAUUUAUAAGUUUUCCUCGAUUCAUCGAGUUCUAUCACAAUUACUGAUCAUUGAGUUAGUUCUGAGUCUUAACGAAAACUAAUCUUAUAUUUGAUAUUCUGAAAUGCAAUCUGCCUUCAAUCAACAUGAUAGAUAUGCAGGAAAGGAGAGAAUGACUUUGUGUACAAACAGUUCAUUUUCACAAACUCUUUCAAAUUUGAUUGGAUAUCGUUGAAUUUCAGAAUACCAUCUGCGGUACAAGCAGAAGUAGGGGAGAGUGUACGGUUACCGGCAUCCUUUUAUUUUAAGCUUAAUUAAGUAAGUUAAGUAACAAAGUUGAUUUAUUUGAUUGGGAAAUCUUUAUUAUCAAUUUAGUAAAGUGAUAAAUUUUGGCUAUUUCAAAAAAGGUGUUCGAUUACCGGCGAUUACCGAUUCACCUAAAAUGGAACGAUAUAAGUAAAGACUGCAGUUAUUCAAAGAAACAACACAAUUUUUUCUUUUUGGAGGCGUUUUGGACAAAAGUCUUCAUUGUCUAAUGGUGACUUCGCCUUGGCUCUCUUGUUCGAUGAUCCAGGCGUCUUUGGUGUUGAUUUGGCCGGUCUUUCACGUUUUUUCUUUGCCGGGCCAUCUGCUGACCAUAUGAGCAGCUAGAUGUUUGGCCAAAACUUUGAUUUCUUUGUCUCGACAGCAGCCUGCAUAUCACUGACAAUUUUUUACUAUUUGUCGGAAAAAAUGGGGUGCCGGUAAUCGAACACCUUGGGGUGCCGAUAACCGAAAUCGGUAGACAUUUUGAAAAAGACAAAACAAAUCUUUGGUUGCGAAAAUUUUGAUAUCAUCCGGUAUUAAAUCACUAAAUAGAUCGAUUUCACCUCAUAAAUAUUCAAUCCACUCACCUUUCCGAUUGAUGCUCUUCGAUUUAUGAUACUAUAAAAAAAGUCGCGCAUUUCAAAUUUGUUUUGAACGCAGCAAAAAGUACAAGCGUCUGUUUGCUUCGGUAUUCGGCACAAGAAAGAACGUGCUGCUAUUACACACACAUGACAUUUGUCGAAAUGACGCUAUCUGCUUUUUGUCAAAAGUUACGGUGGGGUGCCGGCAACCGAACACCUUCCCCUGAAAUUAUCCAUAUAAUGUUAUCAACUAUUUGCGAUCAAACGACAAACAUGUCGGUAUAUUUUAACUCAUUCAACGUCGCUGCAUACAUAUUCGAACAAGUUGUUGAUCAUUACUAUAAACUAUCUACGUUUUGCGUAAAAAUCCUCAAGGUGAUUUCUUGAGGAACAGAGCUGAAAGACGAGUGAGUUUUCAGAUUCUGCGGUGAAAAGACGUCAUAGGACAUGAUGGAUUGUCUAAAUCUCCAAGUUAAACAAAAUGUAUAAAUUUUAUCGUUCUGUACUGAAUACUUUAAUUCGGAUGAAUUGACAAAUCUAUUUCAGGUGCACCGUCAUUUACUUUCGAAUUACAAGGCUGUGAGGAUAAGUGUCACACAAAUGAAACUUACUGUUACUUCUGAAAUUGAGCAUUACGUUACAGAAAAGUUACAGCAAAUGCCAUUUAAUUUUAAAUAUUUAAAAUUCAAUCAACAGUUUUCUAAUUUCUUCUAGUACUUUGAGAGUGCCUUAUCCACCUAAGUAAUUUACAACACUGUUUUCUUUUUCAUACAAGUAAUUGAUAUCAACAUUACGCGACGGUCUUCGAAAAAUAUUUGUUUCUAAGGAUCCAUAGUGUGGCUGCAUAUCAAACGAAAACAUUUCAGCAGCUAUUUUUACAAUUUAUUCCAGAUGGAAAUGAUCACUUAAGCAUGUUUCAACCAUAUAUAGUAACAGUAUUCUAUCAUCAAAUCCUAUAUAUUAUUUCACCCAUUUAUUUAUCGUUCUUUAUUAUGUUUAAGACCUUUGGAAAUAGCUUCGAUCUGGAUUUAACUUUCAGUAUCAUUCAAUGCUAUGUGUAUACAGUAUUCAUGGGUAUAUUUUAACAAUAGAGGCGCAGUCUAAUAUAACCUGGAAAAAAAUGAAUAAUUUACAUUUACUCUCAAUCAGGAGCUUAUUUGCCUAAAUGUUAAUUCAAUUUUCAAUUUAGAUAGAAAUUUUCCAAACUUGUUGAACUUGCAGAAGUAUUAGUUUAAAACAAUAUGUCAAACAAAUUCGAAUGACUAAUGCAGAUGAAAUGUUUAAACUUGAAAUCUUAAAAAAAUUAAAUUGAAAACCCAUGUUGUUUGACCGAUUAUUAUCAACCACUAUUUUAAUAUUUUUCUUUUAUUUGAACUAAGUCUCGAGAAACCAAAGAUAUCACAGUAUCUGAACAUUCAAUUUUAAGUUCACGAUACAAUCAUUUUCGGUUCAACAAGACUUUAAAGGAAUACAUGGAAGUUUAAAGAAGUACAUGGAUCUUUGGGCUACUUGAAAAAAUAAGUUCCGUGUUGAGUUCUAAGAUUGAUGUCAGAGUGAGCGUGGAACUGUUGUGGCAUCGUAUUCACUUUGGCAGGUUUACUUUGAUCAAAUGAAACUAGCUCGCAUGCGCGUCUUGAAUCUUCGCGUUACGCUUACACUUACACGUUCACCCUGACAUGUUUGGUUUGAUCAAAUGUAGUCCAGACGCUAUGACGCACCACUCUGACAGCAGCCCAAGAGUGCUGUCAGAGUGAAAGCAUCACGCGAUACAUCAACACGUACGUGCGAGCUGGUUACAUUUGAUCAAAGCAAACCUGCCAGAGUGAAAGCGAUGCGAAAACAGUGCAUCGCAUUGGAUCGCCUCGCUCCGCGUUCCGCGUUCACUCUGACAUCAACCUCAGGUUGCUGUCUCUCUGGCUACAAGUACAAAAAAUUCCACUUAAAACUUUUAACAACUUUAAGUACAAAUUCCUUUCGUAAGCUUUGAAGGUUUUUGGGAAAAUAUUGGAAGCUUAGCUUUUAUAAAAAAUCUUUUGAUUAAUAUACAACCUCAUGUUUUACUUCAGACAACCUAAAAUAUUUUUUGCAUUGAUAUACAAAAUUAACAAAUCCUACCAGGGGAUUUUUAAAUCUCAACGAUACGCUAUCACAGCAAUAUCUGCUCAAUUUCGCUGAAAUAUAUAUGGAGAGGUAAUAUAAACUUAGGGUUCGUUUUUUUUUUUGUUAUGUAAAGUUUGAAGCUCAUGGCUAAAAUACUCCCGAUUUCCCUCCAAAAAGUAAAAGUAAAAAUGGUCGAUUUAAUUUCAUCAUUCUUCAUGAAUUUUAAACUUAUUUUAAAUUCCCUUCCCGAAUCUAUAGGGUCUACUUUUUUAUUGAAAUUGCCCGCAGAUUAUUAGAGAACGUGCUUCAGAGGCUGCUUAAAACAUCGUACAUGUAUUGAUUUCUGCAUUUUUUUUAUGAAAAAAUCGGAAAAAAAAACUAUAUAAAAACCCCCUAUUCAAAAGUUUUAUGAAGUUUCUGUUUUACAUUUGAAACAUUUCCGUAAUCCAAACCCUUUCCGAAUCGAUAAACUCUUGCAAUUCUUCCAUUUAACUGUUCAUAUACUUCAUCUAGUCACAUCCUAGGUACACAUGAAUCAGACUUGAAAUAUCUAUUUCUCUGAGCGCAGCCCUCAUUAUUUAUUAUUAAAACCUCAUUUGCCUUUCUAGUUACGCUUUGUUAGCGUUGAACAAUGCCAUUUUUAAUCCCAAAAUGAAAUUAAUAUUAGGACGCACAACUUUUAAUUAAUAUGGUAUUUGAAUCAUUCAUAUCAAGAAAUUUGCAUUAUUACUUGAAAGCAUGUGCCAUCUUAAAGAUACAUUAUCACUAAUUCAAUCUCCAACGUUUACAGUUUGCUCAAAAGGGAAACUAAACUGAUCAUUGAAUGAGUUGGUCGUUGAAAUUGAAGAAAGCAUGCUUGCGAAGAGCUUGUGAGAAUCGUGAUUCAAAAUACAUUCAUUUAUCUAACCUACCAAUAUUCAUGUUUUGCGCGGAGCUGCCCCACAGGUACGUUGAGAAUGGGGACAAUGGACCAUUACUAAGAAGUAAAUAUAACUAUUAAAUAAACACAAAUUGUUGUCACUGGUAAUAUAAUGGGAAAACAAUCAUCAUCGUUCAUCGGAAACGCGGAAUCAUAAACGUGUCAUACGUAUAAAACUCGCGGAAGAUAGUUUCAAGAAUAAAGUAUUACUUAUUCAUGUUAAAUUCGGUACCUAGCAACAAAAAUCUAGAAAAUUACGCGAAGUAUAUUAAUGAUACCGACUCAACUCACAAAGGACAUUGUAAUCAGAUUUAUUAUUAUUUGAAAUAGUGUAAUCAACUAAGAAAUACCUUUAUUUUCAUAGUGAUGAAUUUAUAUAAAGCUAAACACAAUUUAAUUUUUCCACAUAUCUCGAAAAUUACAAUUAUAAAAUACACUAUAGGACAGUGAACAAAAGUCGCAUUAAAUUGAAAGUAAACAGAACCUGCUAGAAGCUAAUUGUAAUUAAAUUAUAAGUAGUUAAAAUAUCUCUAAUAAAUUGACACUUCAAAGAACGUAUCAGAGAAGAUAUAAUAAAAUAUAACUCGACAUUUGGAUAUCGCAUCUGUGUAGAAUAGAACGAACAAAAGUAGAAAUUGCACAGAGCCGAAGCUGGUACGAAUAACGGAAUAUGGAUCUGAAAUAUUCGAUUGAAGAACACAGCACACAAAUUUGAAAAGGACCGAAAUACCCAAAAAAUUAGAAGCAUUCAAAGAUUAAUUAAACGAUAUCGGGUACAGGUGUUAUCGGUUAAUACUUGUAAUGCAUUGUACAUCAAAAGACGAAAUCCGUUCGACGCUACUUUAUGUGUGCAAACAACAGUUAAACGGAAAUACAAAUGUUAAUAAUAUUAAUAAUAUAAAAAUCA